UCCCGCCUACCCGGCUCUUUAAGCUGGAAGGAGAAACAUUCCGGGAGGUUUGGCGGAAAUUUGGUUCUGCUUUUCGGUUGGAAAAGAGGAAUUCCGGAGCGUCUCCCAGCGAAAGCCGAAGGACAAAUGGCCAUGGACCAUAACUCUGAGUUCCGCUGGUUUCUGGCUGUCUGGGUCGCUCCCUUUUAGCAAAAUGGGGAGGAAGAGCAAGCUGGACCCCCUUGCUGCCCGGCGGGUUUAAAGUGCUGCUGCAGUUUAGCAGAGGAGGUGAACCAGCAACCCCGCUGGGAAGGGAAUGCAAGAAUAAGCCAAAAUGGAAAGAGCAAAUGGUCUUAGUUUGCAGCUCCAACCGCUUGCCACUGAAGCUGUGCCUCUGCCGGUCCACGAGGAUUCCUUCUCUUACAAGGAAAACCUGAUUGGAGCGUUGCUGGCCAUUUUUGGGCAUCUUCUCAUCAGCAUUGCCCUCAACCUCCAGAAGUACAGCCAUAUCCGGCUGGCGGGUUGCAAAGACCACCGGGCCUUCUUCAAGACCAAGACUUGGUGGGGCGGCUUGUUCUUGCUGUUCCUGGGGGAGCUGGGCGUCUUCUCGGCCUAUGCCUUUGCACCCCUUUCCCUGAUCGUGCCACUGGGAGCGGUUUCAGUUAUAGCAAGCGCAAUCAUCGGCGUCAUAUUCAUAAAGGAAAAGUGGAGACCCAAAGACUUCUUGAGGCGCUAUGUUUUGUCUUUCCUAGGCUGCGGCUUGGCCGUCGUCGGGACGUACCUGUUGAUCACCUUCGGGCCCAACAGUCACGAGGCCAUGACCGGAGAGAACAUCACGAAGCAUUUAGUCAGCUGGCCGUUCCUUCUGUAUAUGCUGGUGGAGAUCAUCCUUUUCUGCCUCCUGCUCUAUUUCUACAAGGAAAGGAAGGCUAACUACAUAGUCGUGAUUUUGCUGUUGGUGGCACUUCUGGGUUCCAUGACAGUCAUCACCGUGAAGGCAGUGGCAGGGAUGAUCGUGGUUUCGAUACGAGGGAACCUGCAGCUCGGCUACCCUAUAUUCUACAUUAUGGUGGUCUGCAUGGUGGCAACGUCAGCUUUUCAAGCAACGUUUUUAACCCAAGCCUCUCAGCUGUAUGAUGCCUGCCAGAUCGCUGGCGUGGGUUACAUCUUGUCCACUGCAGUCGCCAUCACUGCAGGUGCGACAUUCUACCUGGACUUUAUCAGGGAAGACGUACUCCACAUUUGCAUGUUUGCUUUGGGGUGCCUCACUGCAUUUUUAGGUGUCUUCUUGAUCACUAGAAACAAGAGGAAAUCCAUCUUUUUUGAACCUUACAUUUCCAUGGAUGCUAUGCCAGGCAUGCAGAAUUUACACGAUAAUGGGACUGCCGUACAGCCUGACCUCAAAACGUCCUUCUCUUAUGGAGCCCUGGAAAGCAACGACACCAUCUCUGAGAUCUACGCCCCUGCCACGUUGACCGUUGUCCAGGAGGAGCAUGGGUCCAGAGGCGCCUCGGGGCCACCAUACCGAGUCAUGGAACGUAGCAAAAGGGAGUGACUCUUGCUUCAGAGACGGGCAUAAUACCUCCACUUGCGUGUCCAUCGUAUUUAUUUUCCCCUCUCUUUCGUCUACCCAAAACCAAAACUUAGCUGGGGUGUUUGUGUGGAUUCAUUAAGAACCAAACUGUAACUUUAAACACCAAAAUGCAGUGAAUUAGGGGGUAUGCAAAAUGUCCGGUGAAUUGUACUGGGAUGCGAGUGGCUAGACCAAAGGGAAACCCAGAAAGCAUAUUGGUGACCAAACCGCAGGCGUGAAAGAGCGAGUUUAGAUUGUUGCUGUGGGUUUUUCGGGCUCUUUGGCCGUGUUCUGAAGGUGGUUCUUCCUAACGUUUCGCC